CGUCAAUGUCAUUCGUAUGUCAAUUUCGGUUUCGGUGACUGGUGUUUGUUGGCAUCUUUGAUAAUCUAAUUAAGACCUAUAAUAAUAUAGUGUUUUACUUAUUUGCAGUUUAUUAAAACUUCUGAAAAUGAAUCGUAGGAGGGCUCAUGAUGAAGAAGAAGGUUACGAGCGCCUCAACCGUAAGAGACGUCGUGUGUCGGAGAAUCAAGAGAUUGAGGAUAGGUUGGAAUCUCUGAUAUUAAGAGUUGGCGAGAAAUGUAGCACGAGCUUAGAAAGUAAUUUAGAGGGAUUGGCGAGCGUACUGGAAGCCGAUUUGAGUACGUUUCGCGUCAAAAUAUUACGUAUCCUGACUGACUGUGCUAUGCGUUUACCCGAAAAGUGCACUGUAUACGCUACGUUAGUCGGCCUGUUGAAUGCUAAAAACUAUAACUUUGGUGGCGAAUUUGUUGACUACAUUGUGAAGACAUUCAAGGAAAAUUUGAAGCUUGGGAAAUGGAACCCGGCGAGAUACUGUCUCAGGUUUAUUGCCGACUUAGUGAACUGCCACGUACUGGCGGCUUCCUCCCUGUUGACAUUGCUGGAGACCCUAGUGGACUGUGCUAAUGAGGAUGGGGUGCCUCAAGUAAGAAGAGACUGGUUUGUGUUUGUGGUGCUGUCUACAUUGCCUUGGGUCGGCAGAGAGCUUUAUGAGAAAAAGGAAUCUCAACUGGACCACCUGUUGACUACUAUUGACAUAUUCUUGAACAAGCGAAGUAAGAAACAUUGGCCAGCCCUUAAAGUAUGGUCUGCUGAUACUCCUCACCUGCAGGAAGAGUAUCUGGACUGUCUAUGGGCACAGAUUAAAAAGUUGAAGCAGGAUAAUUGGUCUGAGAAGCAUAUUCCAAGGCCAUACCUAGCAUUUGAUUCUAUACUUUGUGAAGCACUGCAACACACACUCCCUGCUAUCCAGCCACCACCCCACAAUGACACUGACACAUACCCCAUGCCAAGGGUUAUAUUCCGUAUGUUUGACUACACGGACUGUCCCGAUGGGCCUGUCCUGCCAGGAGCACAUUCAAUUGAAAGAUUCCUUAUUGAGGAACAUCUACAGAAUAUUCUAGAAGCACAUCAUACAGAACGAAAGGAAUGUGCUGCACAAUUACUUUGCUUUCCAUACAAAGCAAAGAUUCCUCUUGAGUAUUGUAUUGUAGAAAUAAUAUUUGCGGAGUUAUUCAACCUGCCGAGGCCGAAACAUUUGGAGAUAUGCUACGGUUCUAUAUUGAUAGAGUUGUGCAAGCUCCAGCCUUCGACAAUGCCACAAGUGUUGGCGCAAGCUACGGAGAUAUUGUUUAUGAGGAUUGAUACUAUGAAUGUUGCAUGUUUUGAUAGGUUUGUGAAUUGGUUUUCCUACCAUCUUAGUAACUUCCAAUACCGCUGGUCUUGGGACGACUGGGAGGUGUGCACUCAAUUAGACAUUGAUCAUCCCAAGCCAAGGUUCAUUAGAGAAGUACUUGGGAAAUGUCUCAGAUUGUCAUAUCAUCAAAGAAUAAAAGACAUGGUUCCAGAGUCAUUUGCAGCCUUUGUACCAUUAAAACCAGAACCAAUCUACAAAUAUUCCAUGGAAGGAGCAGCAUCCCUACCUGGGACCGAAGCUGCUCACCAGCUAGUAAUCUGCGUCCGCAACAAAUGUACCCCUGAAGAAGCACUGAAUGUACUACGAGAACUUCCUAACCCGCUCCGGGAGGGCGAGCAGUCGGCCGCGGCGCAGGCGGCGCCCUACAACCCGCUGAAGAUCGAUGUCUUCGUGCAAACACUACUGAAUCUCGGCAGCAAGAGUAUAUCGCACAGUUUUGCUGCUAUCUCCAAGUUCCAUUAUGUUUUUAAGAUCCUAGCAGAGUCUGAAGAAGCUCAGAUCUGCAUUCUCCGCAACGUAUGGGAACUUUGGCAGCGACACCCGCAGAUGGUGUGCGUCCUCGUCGACAAGAUGCUUAAAACUCAGAUAGUUGAAUGUAACGCCGUGGCCACCUGGCUCUUCUCCAAGGAAAUGGCGUCGUUCUUCACGCACAACUACCUCUGGGAGAUACUGCAUCUGACUAUCGAUAAGAUGAACAAACACGUCUCCAAAUUGAGCGGCGAACUGCAGCAGGCAAGAGAAGCGUUAGCCAGGGCCGACUCCAGCAGUUCAGAUUCAGAAGACGAGAACAGCACCAAAAAGAAGAAAGACCAAGACAAGCCUACGGAAGAGGCCGUGGAGCGCAUGGAGGAGCGGCUGGAGGCGGCCCACAUGGACCAGAAGCGCCUGUUCCUCAUCGUGUUCCAGCGCUUCAUCAUGAUCCUGUCGGAGCACCUCGUGCGCUGCGACACGGACGCGCGCGACCCCGACACGCACUGGUACCGGAGUACCGUGGGCAGGCUCAGCCAGGUCUUCCUUAUUCACCACGAACAAGUCCAGAAGUACAGCAGUACACUAGAGACCCUCCUGUUCACUCAGGACCUGGACCCGCACAUCCUGGACGUGUUCCAUCAGUUCCACGCGCUCACCGCUUAGGAUAACUAGUUUAAGUAUAGAGUACUGUUUAGUACAGAUAAUGUACUGAUUGGUGACGUGUAAUUAUAGGGAGGCGAAGUUAGAGUAAGUUUAUGACGAAGUUUUGUACGCCAGUAGGCUUUGGAAAGCGUGUGUUCUGCCAAACGUGUUACUACCUAGGAGCGUUGAUGUGUACGCGAGUGAUGUUUUAUGUAGAGCGCUUUAAAACUAUAGUCCAUUUGUAGGUACUUAAUUUUUUUUUUUUUUAUUAAAAUUAGUUUAUAAAUAAAACCAACGUAAAAGAAUAAUUUAAAUUACCAAGUCAAAUAAAGGAAUAUUUCUGUUGUUUAACUUUUCAUGUUUUUGAACAAAAAGACACAAGUUUUUUACAAGUUUUAAGUACCAGAACCAAUGGUGUAAAGACGUUUUUUUAUGUAAAUUUUACCUCGUCUUGAUGUUAUCCCGACCUACCGUAAGUGGAUCGUGACAGGAUCGAUAUCAGCCAUAUAACAAAGUAAAUUUCCAACUUCACGGACGUAAAACAAUAUUAGAAAAUCGCUCAAAAUAAUGUGUGGAAGUACCAAGUCUAAGUCACAUAAGGACGUAGUCACAUAUAGACGGAUUUUUUAUAAAAAGAAGUUCUUAAUGCAGCCGAUAUUAUUUUUCCUCUCGUCGCUUCGCCUUCUUUAUAAUUAUAUUGAUAAGUCCCCAAAUGACGAAGGUAUUGUUUAAUAUAAGUUAGGUGUGAUUAAUAUUUAUGAACUUGAUACAAAGUAAAGGUGCGUUUAUAUAGUAUAUGUGAUAAGUGUUGCGUGGUUUAAGAAUAAUUACCGUUUUUGUUUCUGAGGGUAGCAUAUUUUAUCACUGAACAAGAUUUUAUAUGACGCAUAAUGCCCUCUGUUAUUGGUUUUACAGAAAUCAACCUUAUUUGUUUGUUUAAAUAAGGUUUAGUUAGAUAAUCUUGUAGUAUACUAGAAUGUCUUACAACGUACUGCCAAUUUAUACAAGAGUCCUAUGUCUCGCACCAAGUAUAAUGCCUGGCACCGAUCAAAACCAUACAAAAAAUAAUAUUUACAAAUGAGAUCCUAACUCUUAAUGUCUGAAAGUGAUGUAUUGUUGCCCAGUAAAAAAAAAAACUAAGUAAUUGAUUACAAAUCGUAAAUUUUAAUGUAACACCAAAAAAACACUGUACGAUAGUGCAUAUACAAUAGAAAUUAGUUCAAGAGCAAGCAAAACGACAAACAUUGUUUGCCAUUUGUCAGCAAAAAAUGUUUGUCGUCUGUUGUCUGCAAAACCACGUUUUCGUCGCACCUAACUGACACAUUUUACUGCAAGCAAGACAUGCAUAUAACUGUGUGUAAAAAACAACUUUGCCUUAAAAAGUCACUCUUAAGUAUCAAACUGUCUCCGUCACUGUCAAUGUAGAGACAAAUAGUACUGACUAAACUACUGUUCUUGAACACGGCCGGCAAUGUCUUAGCUGUUAAGGUAGAUAAAAUUACAUAACUCAAAUAAACUAAAUUGCUGAUAAAUUUUAUACAUUUAGUUAGUUCCGCCCUAGCAUUGUUUAGACUAUUUUAUUACAUUGUAAUACAUAAAUAGAUAAAUACCAUUUGUCAUAACUCCUAUUAUGUUAUUUUGUUUGUACUAGUACCGUAACAUAUGUAACUCGAGAUGUAAAACUAAUAUUUUUAUGCUGUUAAGUAUCGAGUUUAGCAGAAUUGAAUGAAUGAAACUUUGACUAAGAAUAAUUCUAUCAUUAUUUUAAGAAUAUACAAACAGUGGAAGAGUAUAAUUGUUAAGUCGAAUGAAAAUGCUAAUAUUGCGUUUUCAUAGCAAAAUAAACUAUUUUAAUUCUGUUCUAGUUUUAAUAUGUGAACGCUCGCUUCGUAACAAACAUAUAGACGUUGCCCAGUUAUGUAUGUAUGAAUUUAAGCUUCAUGUAAAUAAAGCUUGGUUAAGUUCUAA